AUGAGAUAGCAUGAUAACAUUCAGAAAACAUGCCCAUAUGGGUACAGUGGUCUGACAGGAGACAAGAGCGUUUUGUCCACUGGUUCCUUGUAGGCCCCACGAACAGAUGUCAGUGAUUGGCCCCAUCAGGGUUGGGUCCUAGAAACAACACACGGAAACACACUCAGAACCCACGCCCACCUGGAACCCACUGGGACCACGCUCCACCCAUGCGAGUCUCACAUGGGCAUGUUGGCUUGGAUGAUUUUUCAGUGAAUCAUUAUUUGACUGACCCCAGAUAUUUUGCUUUCUGUUGACAGGAUGCCUUUUACAGUCAUGUCGUCUGAAGAGAAUGAUUAUGAGGAGAGCGAUGGUUCAGAGGAAAACCUGACCAGUGAGGAGCAAACCUACAGGGUUCGGGUCUCCCAUUAUACUGAGAUGGGAUUUAGCAAUAAGAAAGAGCCAAAUAAAAAGAGGGUGAAGAGAGUUGUCUCCUGCAAGAGAAAAACACGACACCUCACUGUGAGCUCAGGAAUACGCAGGAGGCCUUCAAUAAAUGCCAAAACAUUUGAGGCAUUCAACAAGGACAAUGAAAAUACUGGCAGAGAAGAAUCACUAGAUGGAGGCCGCUGUGGAUUUCCUCUCAGUGUGGCUUUGGGCUACAGGAUGGAGGAAGAAAACAUCAAACACUUUCACUACUUAUCAGAGAUCUCAAAGGAUCACAAACGAAUGGCAGAGAUUCUUUUUGGACGCAACCUUAGACUCAACAUAGCACUGACCCUUUGGAGAAGAAACAUAGGAGAACUACUUUCAUUUCUUAUAAAAAUCCAGGAUUUAAGUGUGCUUGUUGACUGCCUUCCUGUGUUCACCAACAGCCUUCGUGAUAAACACACCCAUGUUACCGCCGGCUUUUGUGUGGAUCUUUUCCCUCUGGUGAACAAUGUUCUCAAAAGUCAUUAUAAAGAUUAUCUGGUCAUUGCUCUUCUCUGGAUUCAGGCGGUUCUGGUGAAGUGGCUCCCGGAGCUUUCGCAGAACGUUGGAAGUGCAUUUACCAUCUGCUCUUCUGAUUAUAAGAAUAUUCAUGCUAUUAAGCAGCAGCUGCGAGCAUUGUGGAGAUAUCAGCUACGAUUCACCACUGAAGCCACUGCAGAGAUAUGGAAGGACAUUGUGUCCCUGCUGUAUCCGUUACGACUGUGUUAAAAAAGAAGACAUACUGAGAAGUUCAGCACGCCAGCUUGACCAAGAGUUUCCACACCAUAAAAAGACAUAAAAUAAUGUCUAGUAUUCUGACCUGGUUACUCUGGAUGGUGAGAAGCAGGAUGGUUGUUUCGACGAACCAGAACAGGAUCUGCUAGAGGAGAUGGUCUUGGUUCAGGUCCGGUUGUUUUAAUCCACACCCAAGUGCGAUAAACCAGACCAGAUUCUAAGCUCAACAUGUUGGGUAUUUUUAAAAGCUUUUUUAUAUACCAGACUUCCUUUGAAUAACUAUCAAAUAAAUAUCAUUUUCUUUUGGCCCACUUACUGCAUUGAUUGAUAGGACUUGCGCAGACUGCAAAAAAUGGGCUUCUUUUCUAAUAACUGUUAAUUUGAGCUAUUUAUGAACACUUUAAGAAUAUAUAUAACCUUAAGAACCUGCCAAAUUUCUUCAAAAGUCAUUUUGUUGUUGAUUCUGCCUUUUUAUCUGUACUUUCUAUAGUUAUAAUAAUCAACAUCAAAAUGUCUAUGUAAAUGUUAAUAUCAUACAUAUGUUUAUUCCCUUUUUAUAUAACAAAGGCCUUUGUUGUUAAGCUGUACAUUCCUAUAACUGUGUGUGGUUUUAGAUUGAGCAUGUGAAACAGUUUCAAAAGUCAUGAUUCUCAAAUACACUACAGAGGUUAUGCUGUAUUAUGUUGUUGCUCUAAAUAUAUUUAUUUUUCUUUCUUUAAAAAAAUAAAAAUAUUUCAAA